CCAUCUCUAACGCAUACAGACAGAAUUACCUUUGUGCCGAAAAAAUAUUCGCGUUUUCUUAUAUUACAAGCUAAACUGUUUAAAUAAAGUGCAAUACACUUUUAGUUCAAGGUCUCAGUACAGCCGCAGCUAAUUACAUUGUUUUAACCAGGCCCAUGAGUAUUCAUCGAGAAGGAGCCGGAGCUGAACUCGAUCGCAUCACAGUGAAAAUCCACAAUAUGAAACGCAGCGCCUCGCGCUCCCCCGGUCGCAGCAAUUUAUCUAGCAGAAAUUCGCGCAGCAUGGGACGUGGCUACGAUAAUGGCAGUGGGGUGCCCGGUGAUUCGCCUGAACGCAUAUCACCGGAGCGCAUGAGAAGGAGAUUGGAUCGAUCGCCUAGUCCACGUGGUCGCUAUGGAUCGCCUCAUCGUGGGGAUCCUUAUAUGCGUGGACCACCACCAGCCGAGCGUCCAACAGGAUAUAAAGUGUUGUGUGUGAGUGCGUUGCCACCCAAGGCUCCAGAUGAGGUUAUCGAGGAGACCCUUUAUAGGGAGUAUAAAAAGUUUGGCGAUUUUAGUGUCCGACUCUCUCAUGAUCUGGAUGAGAGGGUGGCCUAUGUCUGCUUCCGUACGCCAGAAGAUGCACGCGAUGCUAAGCAUCACAAGCCCCGUUUAAUAAUAUAUGACAAAAUGGCCAUUGUGGAACCUGUGUACAAGUCCUCCACCAGGCCAGAGUACAGACCGCGGGGACACUCCAUAUCUCCUCCGGAUUACGAGCGCUAUCAUUAUUCCCGCUCUCCGAUGGGUCCUGGCGGGCCCGUAGAUCACCGACGUCCUCCCAUUGAUCCCUAUGAUCGUUAUGGUCAUCCCCAUGCUAUGCAUCCUCAUGCUGUGCAUCCCCGUGACUAUCGCCCUAUGCAUGAGUAUCCCCAUCCGCCGCGUGGUCCUCCACUGCAUCGUGGUCAUCCGCAUCAUUUACACGGACAUCCGCCACCUCAUCAAUACGCACCCAUGCGUCCCAUUGCUCCACGUCCACACGCUCCGUACGAGAAGCCUGAAAGCAAGAAGGAUAAGUUUCCCAAUUACCUACAUCAUGUCCAACCUGAGGAUGAUCCCCUCUCCACGCGCACUCUCUUUGCCGGCAAUUUAGAGGUGACCAUAGCCGAUGAUGAACUGCGUCGCAUAUUUGGCAAAUACGGAGUUGUGGAUGACAUAGACAUCAAACGACCACCGCCCGGCACUGGAAAUGCUUUUGCCUUUGUGCGCUAUCAGAAUCUUGACAUGGCCCAUCGUGCCAAAAUCGAACUCUCUGGCCAAUAUAUUGGAAAAUUCCAAUGUAAGAUUGGUUACGGCAAGGUGACACCGGCUACACGCAUGUGGAUUGGUGGCUUGGGGGGCUGGACAUCGGUCACCCAGUUGGAGCGUGAAUUCGAUAGGUUUGGAGCCAUCAAGAAGAUUGAAUACCAGAAGGGUGAUCCCUACGCGUACAUUCAGUACGAGACAGUAGAGGCAGCCACAGCGGCUGUAAAGGAAAUGCGUGGCUUCCCCUUGGGUGGACCAGAACGUCGUUUACGCACCGAUUUCGCCGAGUUGCCAGGAGCUACGCCAGCGGCCCCCUUCAAAUCUUCAACAAAGCCGACGUAUGAAGAUAGCUCUAUGGAGUACAGACGACCCGAAUAUGAUCCCUACUAUGAGGAGACAGCUGUUUAUGCACCUCGUGGCGGUUACUCACCAUACCCACCGCGGGGCGGCUAUCGUGGACGAGGUGGCUAUCGCGGACGAGGACGUGGCAUGUAUCACUAUCACAAUGAUGUCCACAGGCCACCACAUCCAGGAGCUCUGGGCGGAGUUGCCUCCUCUUCGUCAUCGUCAGUUCUACCGCCUGGCGGGGUAGAUGAUGAAUGGCGUCGUCCACCUGGUGAAUCGUAUGAUCGUUCUAGCUCUCGUGAGCCAGGUGUCGAAAGAUCCCGUUCACGUUCCCCUCUAAAACGGGCCCGAUCUCCCGGCUCCGAUUCGGAUACAUCGACCAGACGCAACGAUGGCUUAAGUUCGGCCACCACUGUCCAGGAGUUGGCUCGUAAAUGUGGCACUGUGUGGACUGGAGCUUUGAUUCUCAAGAGCUCACUCUUCCCGGCCAAAUUCCAUUUGACCGAUGGUGACACCGACAUCGUGGAAUCCCUAAUGAAAGAUGAAGAGGGUAAACACAAUUUACGUAUCACCCAGAGACUUCGUCUCGAUCCACCCAAGCUAGAUGAUGUCCAAAAGAGAAUUGCGUCAUCUUCAACGCAUGCCAUAUUUAUGGGCUUACCCGGAUCUACAGUGGACACCAAUUGCGAUGAUGCAAGUGUCCAGACGCGUCCGCUGCGUAAUCUGGUAUCCUAUUUGAAGCAAAAAGAAGCAGCCGGUGUCAUAUCGCUGCUAAAUAAGGAAACGGAGGCCACAGGUGUCCUAUAUGCCUUUCCUCCAUGCGAAUUCUCUACAGAGCUGCUAAAACGCACCUGCCACAACCUCACCGAGGAGAGUUUAAAAGAAGAUCACUUGGUUAUUGCUGUGGUCCGUGGCGGAACUGCUUGAAGGGAUCACAAACCCAAGAGGAGGUAAAUGACUAACCACAGAGCUAAGACGAUAAAAAAGUGGAGCUACCUGGAGAAUAGCAGCAAUUGAAAUCCUUAAGAAAUCAAAAAAAAACAGAAAUCGACAAGUUCCAUCCUAGACAGGCACAUACACCCAACCACAUGGCACACACUCAACCACUCACACACACACACACACGCACACACAUUGUUAUCUUGUCUUUAUCUAUAUUCAAAUUCUAUAAUCAUCUAAUUAAUCGAAUUUGUUUUUUUUUUAUGUUUUUUUGCAGACAAGAAACUUUGUGAAAGAGUGAAGUUUUUUCAAGUUUCAAGUUAUCUGUGCCAACAUUUAAAACAAACGCAGAAAAAUAACAAAGCAAACAAAAAAAAGUAACAAGAGAAAAGUUCGCUUAUAUUUAUAUCUGAUUUAAUUUUCGUUAUUUUUUACAUUAAAACCAAAAAGAAAAAACAAAGGCAAAAGUGUUAAAUAUCCUCGUCCCUAAAACAAAAAAAAAUAUGUGUGAACCAA